AUGAUUCAAGAAAUAAAUCUAAGUUAAGAAUCUAAUAAUGAGUAAAAAGUCUCAUUAAUAAUAGAUAAGAAAAAUUUAGACUUGACACUUAAAUUCAUUGAACAAUUAAAAGAAAUGAGAAUACAGUCAUCGAAUUUAGACACUCUGAAACGAAGAGUGGUACCAUUUUUCAUGAAUUAAUUUUAUCAUUGGGCUGUGGAUAAUAGAUUACAAUCAGUUGUCAAUUACUUAAAAGAACUCAAAAAAAGUAAGGAAUCAUAGUAGAAAAAGUUUGAAUUAGGAGAUCUAAAAAAGUUGUUUUCUAAUCAAUAGUUAAUAAUCCAGGGUUAAUAAUAAAUUAGAAAACAAGCAAGAGAUGCUUGGUAAUAGUUUUUGGAGGGUUAUGCUGUCUCAUCAGUAAUGAAAAAUUCAAAGAUUAAAUGUCCAUAAAACAAACAAAACUACAUAAACUACAUUCCUUUACUAAUCGAGGAAUUGAAUUAAAUAUUCCCUUAUAACAAAUUGUUAUCCAAGUACAAGUCCAACUAGGAUUACUAUAUAGAUAUUAAUGCAAACUAAAUGAUUUCAUUUGAAAACAAUUCUUUGUCCCUAAUUGAUAGGUCUUUAAAAUGA